CUUUGGCGGGCUAUCAAUGUUAUCUCAUUGGGUCAAUGAUGUUUUGGGCGAAUUAUCACAGAGAUUGGGCAAGAUAGCUGACAUUUGGAAUGCCAUGGGUUUAGAAGGAGAAAAUUUGCGACUGCGAAUUCAUUCUCUGUCUUCUCAUUUGUUCUUAAUGUUGGAUGAAAUGUAUAGUGAAGAAAUCUUAGCGAAGCAGUCUAUCAUUGACUCAAUCAAGGAAUUAAAGGUUCAUUCUGGUUUUAUCAAUCCUCAUUAUAUUGCACAGGUAAAAAUUAAAGAACUCGAGUCAGAGCUUGGGUUAACCAACAAUAUUUCUGAAACAUCAUCGCUUGUAAUGACUGAAAAACUGUUUUACGAUCAUUUUAAAGCACUCACUGAAAAGUCCUCUUCAAUUCUUCAGACAUACAAUUUGCUUAAAGAAGAGGAGAAAGAUUUGUGCGCGCGGCUUGAUGAACCUUCUGUUCCUGAGACAUUCAUACACGUCCCAAAUACUGAACAAAUUAAAAUCUUAAAAGAAAACAUUGAUCAUCUAACGCUUGAAAAACGUUCUCGUUCUCUUCGUUUGUCUAGACUAAUUCAAGAAAUUAAAAACUUAAGAGAUCUCCUGCAGCAAAAGACUAUCGAUGACGAGGAAAUAAUAACCCUAAUCACUGCUCCUAAUCCUAUGGAGAAUUUAUCAUUAUCAAAAAAUUUUCUUGACCACGUUACUAAAUUAAGAAACAGUUUAGCACAGGAGUUUGUCAAGUUAGAUGAUGAUUGUCAAAGAAUCAUUAAAGAAAUCAUGCAUAUAGCAGGUCGUCUUGAUAUUGAUAAUGGUGUGAAUAUUCAGCAACCGGUAUCUUCUCGCUUUUUACAACAUCUGAAAGAAGAACUCAAUCGUCUGAAAAAAUUGCAACUAAGAAGUUUAGCGUCUAUUAUUUCAAAGUGUCAAGCUGAGUUAGUCGUAUGGUGGGAAAAUUGCCUUGUUGGUCGAGAUGUUCGUCAAUCAUAUUUAAUUUCUGAAGGCCAAGAGUUAAACGAGUCACUACUUAUAUCGCUUGAAUCUGAAAUAACAAAAUGGAAAUCAUUUUACUUGGAAAAUGAACCACUCUUCAAGGCAAUCGAAACGUGGCAGUGCAUAUUAUCGCGUCUUCGAAUGUCAGAGGAAAAAAUGAAAGAUCCUUCCGUUUUAAAAAACCGAGGCGGGAUUUUGUUGGUUAUUGAUAAAGAAAUUAAACAAUUAAAGCGUGAUCUCAGUCGUCAGUAUUCUAUCUUAAAAGAACUUUCUAUGAAUUACCCAAAUGUAACAGUUCAUGGAUUAUCAAUUCUUGAUUACUUGGAUUUCUCCGAACAUCAAUGUAGAAUAGAAAAAGAAAAUCAAAAUCCAGGAAAUCUAUCUAGUUCCUUUAUUAAAGUUGGAAAUAGUGCUAAGAGAGCUUUUGAUGCGAAUAAGUCAACUCUACUUACUCCAAUAAGUGGAAAGAAACCGCGUACAGAUUUAUUAAAUUCCACUAUAGCAGCAUUCAGUAGCAAUUCCAAAUUAAAUGCCAUGCAAUCGCCACUUUUGGCUUGUUCUAGUAUGGCUUCAUUACAUGGAAUUGGUUCUACAGAUUCUUUGUCAUCAGUUCACACGCCUAUAACAAAGGCCAAAUCUUCAGUUCAAACUCCAGUCACUUCCUGUGUUUCGUCGUCGAGUUCACCUCAGAAAAAAAUUGCCUCAACUAUAUCUACAAAACGUCGAAGUGCAAGACUGAGUGGAAAGAAAGUCUGCUCAACACUACGUGUUUUACAGGUGAAAAAUAUACAAAACAAUAGUGAUAAUUCUUUCCUUUCUCCUCUCUCUACGGCACCUAGAUCUGCUGUGAAAUCUUCACGUACUGUAAAUAACACGCCGGCACCAUCUUUGAAAAAUAGAAUACAGAGAGCUCCAUUCCGUACUUGAAUUUCAUUUAAAGUAUUUAGUUAUGUAUUCUCGUUUGUACAAAAUCAUAAUUAUUUUUCAUAUUCACUUUUCAUGAUUGUGUAUAUACGCGUAUGUUAAUCCAUAAAACACUGUUAAAUUGUUUACUUUA